AUGGACGGCGGCGGAUACUCCGGAGACGGUGACCUGGGUAACAGAACCUCGCAGUCGAUAUCCAGUAAAAAGUUACAGCAGACACAGGCGAAAGUCAACGAGGUUGUCGACAUCAUGAAGGUAAAUGUGGAAAAAGUCCUCGAGAGGGAUCAGAAGCUGUCGGAGUUAGACAACCGCGCGGAUGCGCUUCAACAAGGUGCUGCUCAAUUUGAGCAGCAAGCAGGAAAGCUCAAGCGCAAAUACUGGUGGAAAAAUUUGAAAAUGAUGAUUAUUAUUGGGAUUAUUUGCACGGUUAUACUUAUCAUUAUUAUUGUAUCAUCACUUCCAAGUUCAGAAUCAACAGAACCUAAAGAAAGCAAUUAA